AACCACUCUUCUAUCCUCCUCCAUAUAUUCACAUCUCUCUCCCCUUCCAUCACCCAAUAAUCUCUACACAUACAACACAUUUCUCAACAAUAUUACCACUCAUGUUCGCCAGAAAAGCCCGCCCAGUGAUCAACAGCCUCAUCACCGGCGCGUCAGGCUCCGGGCACAGGACCCCGACAAGUCCAUCGGACAUGAUCAAGAUACAGUCUCCGAGAGUCUUGAAAAACUACGGCGGUGCGGUUGGAGUUGGGCUCGGGAUCGUGGCUGCACUUGACAAAAAUACUGAAACUCAGGCUUUGUGUAAUAAGUCUGUUAAUAACUCUGUUCCUAUAGCAGUGUCGUGUUCUGUUAGAAACAGGGGAAAUACAGAGGAGAGUGUUGGAGAUAGUUUGGAGGAUUAUACUUAUGUUACAUCUUAUGGUCCUAAUAAUAAGAAAGGACAAACGAGAGUUUAUUACUGUGGCUGUCAAAAUUCUGAGAAAAGGUCUCAUCGGCUACAUAGCAACAAGAAAAAUCAUCCAGGUUGUGUUUUUCAGAUAUGUCCGGAAACGACAGUUGAAUCUGCGGCUGGUCGGGAUUUUCUUAGUUCAUGUCAUAUGUGCCGGAAAAAACUACACGGAGAAGACAUUUACAUGUACAGGGGAGAGAAAGCAUAUUGUAGCACAGAGUGUAGAGAGAGGCAAAUUGUGAUGGAUGAGAAGAAAGAAAACAAGAGGAUUUCUCAAGCUUCGUCAAGAUCUACUGUUUCAACUUCACCUUGUGGUGCCCAUGAUCGCCCGAUGUUUACCACUGGGAUUUUUGCAAUUUAGCGGACUCGAUCGCUGAUCUAACACUCGGGACAACUUAGGCUUGGCCAUCUUUGUUUCCGGGAGAGAAAUUUUGUAUACAAAAUGCAUUUUAACAUAUAUUUAUUUAUGGAAGGUGAGGCCAAUUUUGAUAUUA